UUUGAGCCCUGAGGACGAUUUUAUAAUUUUACCUACACUAGAAAACUCCUUCAAAAGUUAUUAUUUAAUUAUUUUUUUUACUUAAAAUUCGAAAGUAUUUAGACGAUUACAUAUUCUUUUGUUUGGUCGUUUAACUCUUUCACUAUGAAUUUAGCAAUAUUAACAAGAGCUGGUAAUGCAGUUUUGCGAUCAUCUACUCGGGUUCCAGUUAGAUUAGCAUCGCAAAUCAAAUAUGUAAAUGUAAACAGGGAUAAUGAAUUUGAAAAUAUAAGUUGGGGAGCCAUGACAGAUCAAGCUAUUUCCUAUGCAUUUGUUACUGAAUUAUGCAGAGGUGCUGCUGUAUCAUUGGCUCAUUUUUUCAAGGAACCAGCAACUAUCAACUAUCCAUUUGAGAAGGGACCUUUGUCACCACGUUUCCGAGGAGAACAUGCUCUCAGACGUUACCCAUCUGGCGAAGAGAGAUGCAUUGCCUGCAAACUAUGUGAAGCUAUAUGUCCAGCCCAAGCUAUCACUAUUGAAGCAGAAGAAAGAGCUGACGGAAGUCGCCGUACAACACGUUAUGAUAUUGAUAUGACUAAAUGUAUAUACUGUGGUUUUUGCCAAGAAGCAUGUCCCGUGGAUGCCAUUGUUGAAGGUCCAAAUUUUGAAUACUCUACCGAAACUCACGAAGAACUUUUGUACAACAAGGAAAAGUUAUUAAAUAAUGGUGAUAAAUGGGAAUCAGAAAUUGCGGCUAACAUACAUGCUGAUCAUCUAUACCGCUAAUACUAAUAAUCAACAUAGUAAAUAUGUGUUUAGUUUUUUUUCAUUAUAAAACAAUAUGUAUUACAAUAUGUUUUACUACAUGCAUAAUAUAAUUCUGAAAAUAAAAUGUAAAAAAAAAUGUUAAAGAUAAAAAAUGUUAGUUAUUAAAAUCAUAUUACUUGCAGUUUAGCGAGAUUAC